AUGAAGAGAUUUAAUUGGGGAGAAAAUAAUUUCCUAAUUUAUAUGUUCAUAGGGUGCUACUUCCUAGAAUUUUUGUUUAUAUUACCUAAUUUUUUGUGUUUUCAAUUACCUCAUGUUGUAACUAACGGCAACAGCGAAAGUUCCAGUAACUCCUCAUUAUCUACUCAACAUUAUAUUUGUUGGUCUCAAUUCCAAUUGAGUUUUAAAAGUUGUACCCAUGUGUCAAAAAAGUUUUUAGAAAGUGCUCAAGAGCUAUUGAAGUUAUUAUCAUAUUUGGCUUUAGAUUUGAAUGUCACCGACAAUAAAACAUACGAAGUGAUGCAUAAUGACCAGUUGAUAAGCACUUUCAAUACAAGUGAUUUAUAUAAGAUCAAUUUUUUUGGCUAUUGUAAGAAAAAUAAAAAUACAAAUUACAUCUAUUGUAUAAACAAACUUCAAGGUUUAAAUUUACCAAUGAUAUUUAUAAAGGAUAUUGGACUUCAAUUUGGAAGAAUUUCCACUAGAAACGCACAACUAGUAAGCGAUUCACUUUUAUUUAUCUGUGAAAAAUUCAUUCAAUUCAUUAACUCAUACUCGAGUAAUAAUAAUCGCAAUUAUGAAGAUAAUAUUUAUGAUUAUAUUCUGAGGAGAAUUUUUAAUAUUGAAAAAUACGAGAAGAUGGAAAAUUCAAUUCGUACGUUGCAACAAUACACUAAAAAAUAUAUUUUAUUCAAAAAAAUUAUCCUUUCUGUUAAUAGUAUACUAUUCAUUGAAUUAUUAUUAUGUAUAUUGGGAGGCUUGGUAUGCAUAGUAUCAUUGCUACUAACAUUAUCGCAAAAUUCUAGAGUUCAAAGAUAUCAAAUAGUUUUUCUCAGCACAAGUACCAUUAUUCAGACUAUUACUUUAUUAUUAUCGAUUACCAUUAAUUUAUUUAUAAUAAUAUAUUGUAGGAAAUUAGGAAACUUGACAUAUUUUGACAACAGUAAUACCACUAACAAGAAUGACACUGAAAUAUUUAAUGUUUCUAUGGAUACAGGUUUUUAUAUAAAUAUUUGUAGAACCUUAUUUCAGGUUAUGGUUUUGGCCAUACAUUUGAUAAUGCCAACAUGUACUAAUAUUACUAUUAGCAAUACAAUCACAAAGAAGGAUGUUGAAGACUGUGACAAUGAGGAACUUAUGUCCAAAAAGGGGCACUCUUCUUCCCCUUUUUUAAAUGAAAAUAAUAUAUAA